CCCAGGAGCUGCAGCCGCGGGGCUCCCGCCUGCGAGGUGGGGCCACCCGAACCCCCCAUGAACCUCUACAUCCACACCACCACCGGCACCCGCUAUGAGCUCUCGGUGCCCGCCGAGGAGACGGUGGAGGGGCUGAAGCGGCGGCUGUCCCAGCGCCUCAAGGUGCCCAAGGAGCGUGGCGGUCUGGCGCUGCUGCACAAAGAGAGCCGCCUCAGCUCUGGCAAACUGCAGGACCUGGGGGUCGUGGAAGGCAGCAAGCUGACACUGGUGCCCACCGUGGAGGCCGGCUUGAUGUCCCAGGCGUCCAGGCCAGAACAGUCGGUGAUGCAAGCUCUGGAAAGCUUAACUGAAACUCAGGUCAAUGACUUCUUGUCGGGCCGGUCCCCGCUGACCCUGGCCCUGCGCGUGGGUGAAGCCCCUCACGCCGCUCCCGUCACCGCCGGCAUGUUCCGGUCGCACGGGGCCAGCACGCAGACGGUGAACAGCAGCGUGGUCUCCUCCUGCUCAGAGGUGGACUGUGGUUCCCGCAGCAGCAGCUCCCCGGGCAGCAGCCCGGCCCCCUCGGCCCGAUCCCGCAAGCCCGGGGCGGUCAUCGAGAGCUUCGUCAACCACGCGCCUGGGGUCUUCUCAGGGACCUUCUCCGGCACUUUGCACCCCAACUGCCAGGACAGCAGCGGGCGGCCGCGGCGGGACAUCGGCACCAUCCUGCAGAUCCUCAAUGACCUCCUCAGCGCCACCAGACACUACCAGGGCAUGCCCCAGUCCCUGACACAGCUCCGCUGCCAGACGCAGUUCUCCUCCUCUUCCUCCUCCUCCUCCUCCUCCUCGCCGCCUGCCUCUCCGGACCUCGCCACCAAAACUACCUCAGAGCCGCUGCCGGCGGCCGCCGCCCCCACCCUGCACCCCGUCGUCCAGUGCCAAAGCCAGAUCCGGAUGUGCAAGCCCAGUGGGGACCGGCUGCGGCAGACAGAGAACCGGGCGACGCGCUGCAAGGUGGAGCGGCUGCAGCUGCUGCUGCAGCAGAAGCGCUUGCGGCGGAAGGCGCGGCGGGACGCGCGGGCUCCGUACCACUGGGUGCCCAACCGCAAGGCCGGCCGCACCAACAGCAACAGCAGCGUCUCCAGCGAGGGCAGCCUGGACCUGGACUUCGAGGACUCGGUCUGGAAGCCGGAGGUCAAGGCCGAGAUGAAAUCCGAGUUUGUCGUAGCAUAGAGAGCCGGGGGACUGUGCCGGGGGGUCCCGCUCGCCGCCCCCGCCCCGGGGAGGCUGUGCUGGUGGCACAGGCUGGGGCUCCUCGAGACUUGCUGA